UCCCCGUGUUAACUGGGUGCUUUGUCACGUGACGGGAAGGGAUGGACCCUCGUGUUCGCAGACACAGGAGCAGCAGCAGCAGGAUGGGCUACAGCUCGCGAUAGGAACAGCAGCGAGCGGAGCUGCAACAGCGGAAGCUGUAACAGCAGCAGCAACAGUGCUGUCAACAUCGGUAGAGAUAGCAGCUGCAGCAGCAGCAGUAACGGUCGUGACAGCUGCAACAACAGCAGUAGGUACAGUGAGUGAUAGGAGCUGCAGCAGUCACGGCGGUAGCAGCAGUUGUAGCAGCAAGAGCGAUUUCAUUGGUAACAAACAGCAGCAACAGCAGCUGCUAACAGCGUUAGAAGCUCUAGCAACAGCAGAAACAGCACCAAAACGAGGCAGCAGCAGCUAUUGUUGAAACAACAGAAUAAAGGGCAGUUGCGGCAGCAAUAACGAGAAACAGUUGAAGCAACAGCAAGAUACGAAGCAUCAUCAGCAAUAGUAGCAUCAGUAGCAACAGCAGCAGCAAGAGGCGUGUGGAGAGAGGAGUGAUGGUUUCCUCCGAGACCCUCUGGAAGUCAGUGGGCAGGUGCGACGGAGAUGCCCCAAAGAGGUCACAAGGAGGAAGGGGCCCAGCCAGAGGCUCCAGCUGGGGCCGUCAAGAGCCUCCAAACGAGAGCCACUCUCCCCCUGCGACGCUGACCGACGCCCUCACAGAUCUGGACGAGGAGGAGCUGCAGGCCGAGUUGACCAGAAGCAAGGUGGAGCUCCCGGCGUCGCCCUUCACCUGGGCCAGGAGUCUCGCCUGCGCCCUCAACAACAGGAUCCCUGUCCCCGAGCCGGAGCCCACGCUCUGGAAGCACCCGCACGACUACCCGCUCUGCUUGGCGAGCAAACGUCUUCGUAACAUUAUUGAGUCCGUCUUGGCAAAGGCCUCCCUGCUGGAGCUGCAAGGUCUCUUCGAUUUCUGCCUGCACAUGAUUCUUAGAGUGGCGGACAAAGGUGACGGAUCCUAUGGAUACAGAAUAUUCUUGCAGGCCAUAGUCAGGAGGAGCCCAGCGGUGGUGCGAGACAAUUUAGACAAGUACCUUGAGUUGGUGAAGAAGCAUCAGAACAAGUCCAGGCGCUGCCUCUGUAUCCUGUGGUCGGUGGGGCAAGUGGGGCACAGCGACCUGGCCUCUGGACUCUUGGUGUGGUUUUCCGUGAUGCUUCCCGUGUUGGGAGUCAAGUCUCUCUCCGCCUACGCCAUCUGCUACCUGGAGCGCCUGCUCGUGCUCCACCCUAAACCCUGCGCCGGCUACGGGGUGCUGGGCCCGCAGGAGCUGUUCCCCGUCCUCGACUUCGCAUUCAUGCCCAACAACGCGCUACAGCCACAGCUGCAGAUGCAAUUGCUCGAUCUCUACCCCAAGCUGGUUGUGCUGGCGUACGGCGCGGAGCCGGAGAUGGUCAUGCACACCUACUUCCCCUCCUUCCUCUCGCGCCUCACCGUCUCCUGCCCGCCGAGGCUCAAGAUAGAGCUCCUGCGCAGCCUCACCGAGUGCCUGCGCUGGGACUGGUGCUCGUUUUCCGUCUGGAAGAAGCUCUACACCGCCCACCUGGAGCAGUCCAGCAUUUUGCUGAGACAUCUGUUGGAAAACUGGGGCACUCCUGCAGUUGCCAAGGUCGUUUCGACGGAGCACCUGCGGCGGACGGCGCAGGACUUCGCGGCGACGAACGCAGAGCUGCUUGCCCGCGGGCGCUGCGUGGACACGGGCGGGUUCGUCGCCUGCACGCACGUCACGGCGGAUCUCCUGGAGAAGCUGCGCCGGCACCGGGCGUCCUCGCGGUGGCCGCGCCGCCUGGUGCUCGUGGCCUCGCUGCUCGUGGCGCUGUGCGCUUGCGACGUGCACGCCCACGGCUCCUACCAGGCCUCGUCCACGGCGCUGCUGCUCCGCGGUGCCAACCUUGAAGCGGCACCGCAGGAGGUGUUGGCGUCGCUCUCUCGCGCCGCCACGCAGGCCGGCAGGUGGGCGCGGGAGACGGUGCCCGCGUGCUGCUCGCGAGCCGUCGCGGCCGCGGGGCCCGGCGUGCGGUGGGCGCGCGAGGCGGUGGUGACGGCGGCGCUGGACUCGUGGAGCUGCGUCUCAACCGCCGUGCGGGCGCUGUGUGACGCCGUGCCGCCCCUUGUCACCUGGGCCACGUCGCACUCCUCGCUCAACGCCUCGACGCACGCCCUGGGCGAGCUCGCCUCCUCCGUGCUCGGCCACGGCUGGCAGCUGCUGGCCCCGACGCGCGACCUGGCCGCGGCGCUCGCGCACGCCGGCCGCCGCGCCUGGGCCGCCGCCCCGGGGGCCGCCGCCGCCUCCUGCGCCGCCGCGGCCGAGACGUUGAAAUCAGCGCUGCGCAGCUCCUGGCUGUGGCUCGGCGACGUCGUCCCCCGCCGCUGGGACGAAGCCCGGAGGCGCUCGGCGGAGGCGUGGUUUGACGCGCGCCGCAGACUGCUCCCAGACGGGUUUCCCGAAUCGCCGGCCGCCGGGGCGGUCGCGGCGGCGGCGCGCGGGUUCGUGAUGGAGGCCAUCCCGUCGGCCGCGGCCCGGCUGCUGUCGUGGCUGAGCGGCGCGAUCCUGACGGCGCUCGGCGACGUGUCCACGUGGAUCGAGUGCCGCGUGGAGGAGAGGAGUCUAAACGUGUCGCGCUGGCUGGCGGAGGAUCUCCCCGAAGCCUCGACCACCGCCUGGGCCUGGAUCUCCGAAGUUCUCCAGGGCGACGUGUCGUGCUGCAUCCAAGAUUGCGUCGUUGCUCUCCUGCGCCUGAGCUGGGCCUGCCUCAGAGUCGCCGCCCAGGUGGUCGGCAACGUGGCCGGCUUGCUCCACUGAUCGCGAUCGGAGGUGGGCGUGGCGGGCCCUUGGCUCCGCGUGGAGCACUCGGUACGUUUCGAAGACGCCUGGAGUCCGACGUCGCUCCACCAGCUAAGCUCCGCUCAUCGUGGCCGAUUGUACGCGCUGACUGCUUCAGAGGGUUCAGCGGGUCUCAUUACCAGACAUCACAGGUGCAACCUUACCGGCUCUCUUCGCUCGGCCACUUGCCCACGUCUUAACGCCCUGUUGCAUACCACGUCGGCGCCACUCGGUUGUGGUAUCAUUGCCGCGUAUGGGACCAGAAACACCGUGUCUUGGUGGGCAGAUUCCGUACAUAAUUACAUCGAUCGGUAUUUAAGUUAAUAUUGAUGGGUUGAUACGCUGUGGGGCUACGUUGUGGGCAGCAGAGAGCAGUGCAGCAAAAUCUAUUGUUGUAUUGUACUGUGCUCCAACGUCUAUGCUCCCCGCCUUCACCAAUCUACACCGACCAGCACGGUGAAGUAUGCUCAAAUAACCCCCACGACUCGCAUGGUAUGGGGGAGGCCCUCAUCCAGCAGUGGAUUGACAGGGUAUCUACAUGUACACAUACUCUAUGGGCCAAACAAGUCAUGUGGUGGCAGCUGAGUUUGGGGCCAGCGGUUACCCUCUGCGAUGGGUAGUUCUCGGUGAUGUUUCCUGCGCAGUGACGUGACCUACCCACGUGUGAUGGAGCCACACACAAUCCCUGAAUAGCUGGCCAGACCAGUACACCAACUGAGCAAUAACUAAGUGAUUGAAAUGGUCCAUUCUAACUCCUGAUGUUCAAGUCAGUACACACACACACGCGUGUAGAUUUGUACAACCUUCGUAUAAAAAACAGUAUUGUUGAGCCUUUUUCACCCAGUUUAUUCCAAGUGUGCUAUUGGCAUCUUGUCAUAUGAUGAAGAGUCUAUAUUGGAAAUCUCGUAAAGCAGUGCAUUCUGUGUGUCGGAGAAGAUCUGCGGAAGAUAUUUGCAGAUGACUGUUCCCGAAGAUGUCUUCAAGUGGCCAAGAAACGUGGUAUUUUCUAAACUUAUCAUUCAAGUAUGUUGCCGAUUUUUUUUACAAUUGCUUUCUUUCAAUGUGGAUAAAGGAAUGCUUCCUACAGGAAACAUAAUUACUCGUCCAACAAUACGAGUUAAAAUGACACUACACUACUCUUACGUUCAGUUUGCAUUAAUUUAUCAGCCUCCGAAUGCCGGUGUGUGAAUGAAUGGUUGGUUACAUUGCCACGGCCAGCCCCUGGACCUCAACCAUGCAGGAUCAGUGUGGUGUCGUGUCGCCUUGUCAAACUUGAAUGGGGGGAACCCCUUUCCAAAUGCAAGUAUCUUAUUCCCACCGUGUGAUGUCCCUUUGAUGAUGUGAGCUCCAGAAAUCGAGGGUGUCGAUGAAGAGUUUAUAGAAAUAUCAUAGCUAUACUAUUAACCGAUAGAUGUAUACGCACGGAUGCUAUAGUAAUUCGAGAGUAUAUAUGAUAACGUGUUUGUUCAGUAUUUCUGCGUGGCUGAUAGCUGUCAGCAUUUCGGCGUUGCGAUGUUACGUCCCGUUUACACGGUAAAGCAGGAUAGCACUAAUAUUUAAUUACGUGAUUUUUAAUGAGAGUCCAUUGGGGAUUUAAGUAUCAACUUUAAGUUGAUGUUGGACAUAAGCCCUUAGUUGUGUUUGUUAAGUUAACUGCCAGCGGCAUAGGCUAUUUCCCUCCAAUAAGAGAUAAACUUCCACAAUAUUAUACCGCUUAAGUAACAAGAUCUGUACCUUCCAGAGAGUCACAGUACUCCGGCGCGCUUUGGCCAAGUAUACGUUUUGCCGACGUCAAAAUAAUUCAGUGGCUGUUUCUAUUAUCAAAAAUUCCACCCCCCCCCCCCCCCCCCCGCAAAAACAAAAUCGGUAUUUCUCGCUCAGAUAAACAUUUCAGGCAGCGUUCAUCUCCUGUUUGAAACCCCGGGCCAGUGCUUGGAAAUUCCACAUUCCUAUAAUGGAGACGAAUGUACCAUUGGACAGCCACUGUUGACUUUUUUAAUGGCCCCCAGAGGGAUAAUUGACCGAGUCAACUCCCAUCCAGGAGUUGAACUCGCAACCUUCCAAUUGCGAGCCACUCGCUACCACCACCGAGCCACAAUAAGAUUACAUUGUGCACUUGUGAACGCGUCGCACAACGAGUUGCGGCGACAGUAUGAAAUCGGUUGGGUUCGGCAGCUGUUCUCCAGAUUGAAUUGCCAUUGAUAUCCCUUUGCUUCGCCAAUACGCAUUGCAUAAGUCUUCCGAGUUCACUCCAGCGGUGUCUUAAGCCUGUGCAGUAAUCGAUCGCUCAAAGGCCACGGCAUUUCGAGUCCGCUGACAGCCGAAGCAAAGUGCGUGGCAUUGCGGCGGGAGCGGCGUUCCAACGCGCUUGUGCCGCUACGCCGAACGUGGCGGCCUGACGGGCUGGCGGUGAUGGGGCGCCACGGUGGCUCGGAGAUGUUAACUACCUCGCCUGGUGUACAGGAGGCCGUGGGUGCGAUCCCCACCCUGACGUCGGUAUAUUUGGAGUUUGCGGUGUCUCUCUCCCCGUGGUCGCGUGGAUUUUUCUCCGGGUCCUCUUGAUUUUUUCCCUCUGCAUUUAGAAUCACCAUGCAUUUCAGAGCGUUUGGCUGAUGGAAAUUUCCACGUGAUAAGCCACUUUGUUUAGCUAUCAUUUGUGGCCAGGUCACUUCUUAAAAAUAGCUACAUAGCUUAGUGGGCCUUAACCGGUGUGGUGGCGUAAAGUGGCAGUUACUUUUCACCUCUUCCUAGAUGUCUGACCAGCGUGGAAGAGUAGGCCAAGAUUAUUUCCUCUUGAGGUGCCUCUCUAUAGGGCUCUUGUCUGGUGGAGUCCCACCACCAGUGGCGUGAGCGGACUAUUGCAGGGCUGCAUCUUUAUCUUACCGCACGGCACUGGGUGCAGCACAACGAGGAUUGCCCGCGAGGGUUUCAGACUCGGGAAUGUGGGGUUGCGGCUACUCGCGUCUCAGUGCAGUUGGAUUAUUUAUUGAGAGUGAUAUUCUGCAGCUCUUUGGAUGCCGCGAGUCAGCCCGCGUGUGAAUUCUUUGCAGUAACUUGGACCUGGUGAACUUCAUCGUUGCCGAGAGCCACGUAGGACUGCUCGCAAACACCUUUGGUGGGCCACACAUUAACACACACAGGUUGCAAUCAUUCAACUCUACUUCCCGAUUUAGUACGGCUAAGAUGCUUCCAGCGAUGGAUAAAUGUCCACUGCAGGCAGCUUUCGAAGUUGUAGGCCUCGUGUGUGUGCGUGUGCUGGCCGUGUAUGAAAUGAGGUCACGUGCCUUAUCUGCCCUGCGGGUUUCUCAGUUCCCUUCCACCGCUCAUUUAGGAGGUUUAAACACCGGGGAAACGUUGUGACGUGUCGGCCACGGUUAGUGGCUCGUAGCGGAACGUUUUUUUGUUUGUCUUAUCGGGCAGCGCGCGCCUCACCACACCACCCCCAGAGCUCUUGGCGAGUAUGCAGCUCGGAUGCGCCGCACGCCGGCCAGUGGGUUUGCUUGGUCCUCACAAUUCGUCGUCCAUUCGGCCUGAGCGCACGCGACGAUCGCACGGAACGUCCCGUAGUGGACUGGGGUUCCGUGGUUCAUUGUUAUUGUCAAACCGUGCGGCUCUGUUUCAUUGAAGAGCCGCAGAUGUUGCAUGCGGUGAGUGACACUUCUUUAGAGGACCUUGGUCGGCCACUCGAUGGCCGUAAAUGUGGCUCCUUACACUUCAUGUUUUUAAUUUACAACAUCACUGUAGUUAAGUUAUUGGACGUUGCGGACGUGGGUGUUGUGUGUGUUUGUGUAUAUUUAUGUGGGGAGUGAUAGCGUAGCGGUUAGCGUGCUGCGCUACAUACUCGGCAACUCGAGUUCGAUUUAUGCUCACAGCCAACGCCAGGUGACGAUUAUCUGAAUUGGUCAUGGGCCUUCUCAAGACACUGUAAUUGUUUACUGUGUAGCAAAUGUAUCAAGUAAUAAAUACCACAGCAGUUAUUAUUUAUUUUCCUUCCCUUUGCUACCCGAUAAACCUUGCACUGGACCAGUCUGUUACUGAUUCACCGUCACGUCUAUUUCGUGUUUCUAAAUCGUCUCAAUCCUUUUGUAAAUCACGUGACUUCUGUGUGGCCACCCCCACUCUGGACCCCUCGCCUCACCCGGCCCGCUGUGAGAACAGACUCUCCUCCGUGCAGCAGCAGCAGCAUCGAGUCCCAGAUGCAGCCUCUCCCUCCCCAUCCUCAUCUCUCCCGACCCUUUGCUGCCGUUUCUCCGCUCCUUUUCCCCCUAUUUCCCAUUCUUUCUCUUCUCUCUUCCCUUUCCCGUUCCUUUUAUAAUUUUCCAUGCAUUGUAUCGUUGACUCUACAACCCCUCCCCGUGGGGCGCAGUCACGGGUACAAGGCUCUAUCAUUCCAACGGCCGCCCUCGAGGUUCCACGUCCCAACGAUCAGUUGCUCGACCGAAUCGCUCUCGAGCUCGCGCAACUCGGCCAUCGCCUCCCGACACGCGACCAAGUUACACGCAAGCGAUGGCGCGUGUGUCGACUCGGAUUUGCAGACUGGUUGUGGUGUGAACACGAGGCUUACCGGUAGCGGCGGUUGUAAAAACGACUUCUGGAAGAGAAACCUGCACAUUCCCUCUGUGUUGUUAUUUUUACGAUUGUGCUUCGUUGUUGUGUUUGUUUACGUGCAACUUUUCAUUUCACGUGAAAUAAAACCUAAACUCGUGCCUUAUAAUUUACCGUGUAGAGUAGUUAACUGGAGUCCAAAAAAUAAUAAUGCUAUUCAAAUUCAGUUUGCCUCGGUGUUUUUGGAGUGAACCACAUUUUUGCCGUGACGCAUUUUAACCUCGGAAUGUUUUGAUGAAUGUUUGUGAUGAUGCACAAAUGCUCCUUUUCCACUGGCACACCCGAGCCGUGCCAGCGCGGGUACCCUCACGGGGCUUUCCUCGGGCCGUUACCCAUGCCGAGCCGGAACCAAGCCGUGAUACCCUGCUUGCCUCGCAGGACUUCUGUAAUCUGGCUCGGGGCCAGGCAGGGCCAGGGGCGGGGAUAAUGACGCGGUCAUUGUUAGUGAUGUCAGUCAAUACGCUGAAGACACAGCGACUCCGAGUGACGUCAGUGACGUCAGUGGCAUGGCUCUGCUUCUGCAGUGGAAAAACGACCCGGUGCGUCCGAGUCGCGCUAGGCUGGCUCGGCACGGCCCGAGAGCGGCUCGGUUGUGCGGUGGAAAAAGGGUAAAAGGGUUUACUGGGUUGUGGAAUCACUUUAUCCCUGGUUACACGUGUGACAACUUGGUGAAAGUCACCCUUCCAAAUAUAUGUAGGGCUCCUGGGAUCACCUGUUCACCGUUUAAAAUCCACUUUUAUUCUGUUUGUGCACUUGUCACGUGACCUUAAUGUGGAUUAUAAAAUACCUUUUUAUCAAUAAAUGUCAAUUCCAAUGA